GAGAGGUCAGCGGAGCUCCGGUCUGCAGGGGCAACAAUGGCGGGGCUCUGGGUCGGGGAGGCAGCGCUGGUCACAGCAGGACGGCGUGGACGGCGGUGGCCGCAGCCGCUGUUGCGGGGCGCGGCGUUAUGGACCCUGAAGCGUGUUCCACAUUAUUCAAGACGGCAUUUAGUGGUGUCUCGUAGUCUCUGUUCAGCGGGAUAUGAGUCUAAUGAAAAAACUUUUGAUAAAAUUCUUGUUGCUAAUAGAGGAGAAAUUGCAUGUAGGGUUAUUAAAACUUGCAAGAAGAUGGGCAUUAAGACGGUUGCCAUCCACAGUGAUGUUGAUGCUAGUUCUGUUCACGUGAAAAUGGCGGAUGAGGCGGUCUGUGUUGGCCCAGCUCCCACCAGUAAAAGCUACCUCAACGUGGAUGCCAUCAUGGAAGCCAUUAAGAAAACCGGGGCCCAAGCUGUACAUCCAGGUUAUGGAUUUCUUUCAGAAAAUAAAGAAUUUGCCAAAUGUUUGGCAGCAGAAGAUGUCAUUUUCAUUGGACCUGAUACACAUGCUAUUCAAGCCAUGGGUGACAAGAUUGAAAGCAAAUUAUUAGCUAAGAACGCAAAGGUUAACACAAUCCCUGGCUUUGAUGGAGUGGUCAAGGAUGCAGAUGAAGCUGUCAGAAUUGCAAGGGAAAUUGGCUACCCUGUCAUGAUCAAGGCCUCAGCAGGUGGUGGUGGGAAAGGCAUGCGAAUCGCUUGGGAUGAUGAAGAGACCAGGGAUGGUUUUAGAUUUUCAUCUCAAGAAGCUGCUUCUAGUUUUGGUGAUGAUAGGCUACUAAUAGAAAAAUUUAUUGAUAACCCUCGUCAUAUAGAAGUCCAGGUUUUAGGUGAUAAACAUGGGAAUGCUUUGUGGCUCAAUGAAAGAGAGUGCUCAAUUCAACGAAGAAAUCAGAAGGUGGUAGAGGAAGCACCAAGCCUUUUUCUGGAUUCUGAGACUCGAAGAACAAUGGGAGAACAAGCUGUAGCCCUUGCCAAAGCAGUAAAUUAUUCUUCUGCUGGAACCGUAGAAUUCCUUGUGGACUCAAAAAAGAAUUUUUAUUUCUUGGAAAUGAAUACGAGACUCCAGGUUGAGCAUCCUGUCACAGAAUGCAUUACUGGCCUGGACCUAGUCCAAGAAAUGAUCCGUGUUGCCAAGGGUUACCCUCUCAGGCACAAACAAGCUGAUAUUCCCAUCAGCGGCUGGGCAGUUGAAUGUCGGGUUUAUGCCGAGGACCCCUACAAGUCUUUUGGUUUACCGUCUAUUGGGAGAUUGUCUCAGUACCAAGAACCAAUACAUCUACCUGGUGUCCGGGUUGAUAGUGGCAUCCAACCAGGAAGUGAUAUUAGCAUUUAUUAUGAUCCAAUGAUUUCAAAACUAAUCACAUAUGGUUCUGAUAGAAGGGAAGCACUGAAAAGAAUGGAAGAUGCACUGGAUAAUUAUGUUAUUCGAGGUGUUACACAUAAUAUUGCAUUACUUCGAGAGGUGAUAAUCAACUCACGCUUUGUAAAAGGAGACAUCAACACUAAAUUUCUUUCUGAUGUGUAUCCUGAUGGCUUCAAAGGACACCAGUUAACAGAGAAUGAGAGAAACCAGUUAUUGGCAAUAGCUUCAUCCUUGUUUGUGGCAUCCCAAUUAAGAGCACAUCAUUUUCAAGAAGAUGAAAAUUCAAGAGUGCCUAUUGUAAAACCACAAAUGGCCAACUGGGAGCUCUCAAUAAAACUGCAUGAUGAAGUUUAUAAUGUCGUAGCAUCCAACAGUGGGCCAACAUUCUCUGUGGAAGUUGAUGAGUCGAAACUAAAUGUGACCGGCACGUGGAACCUGGCUUCACCCUUAUUGUCUGUCAACGUUGAUGGCACUCAGAGGAUGAUACAGUGUCUUUCUCGAGAAGCAGGUGGCAACAUGAGCAUUCAGUUUCUUGGUACCGUGUACAAGGUGCAUAUCCUAACCAAACUCGCCGCAGAAUUGAACAAAUUUAUGCUGGAAAAAGCGGCUGAGGACACAAGCAGUAUUCUGCGCUCCCCAAUGCCUGGCGUGGUGGUGGCCGUCUCUGUCAAGCCUGGGGACCUGGUAGCAGAAGGUCAGGAAAUUUGUGUGAUUGAAGCCAUGAAGAUGCAGAACAGUAUGACAGCUGGGAAAACUGGCAAGGUGAAAUCGGUGCAUUGUAAAGCUGGAGACACAGUUGGAGAAGGAGAUCUGCUCGUGGAACUGGAAUGAAGUAUUUAUAGCCUUUCAGUCAUCACCCGAUUUAAUUAGCCAUUUGUAUUAUUAUUCUUUCACACUCAAUUUAUUCAAGCGUUUUGCAGGAACACCCCUGUGUAGCAGAUUUUACAUGGUCAUAUUUAUUCCACAUAUAGUCAAAACCAACAUUUGCCAAAAAAUCACCAAUGGAAAUUUUUAUUGAUAUAAAUACUUGUACAUAUGAUUUGUACUUCUGCUGUGAGUUUCCUAGUGUCAAAAUUAA